AUGGAGGAGGGGUUCCGAUGGAGCAGACCGGGCUCUUUCGUCCUAUACUUCGUCUUCUUCCUGUCCGCGGCCGUGUCGUCGGAGGCCAACAUCGCCGACUUCGACGACUACUGGCGGCAGCGCAAGCUCAUGGCCGAUGCCGCGGCGGAGGCCACAUCAGUGGAGAAGGAGGACAUGAGCACGAGGCGGGAGAUGAUGGGGCAGAAGAAGGGUAAGCUCAACGGGCCGUGCACGGCGACGAACCCGAUCGACCGGUGCUGGCGGUGCCGGCAGGACUGGGCGACGGACCGGAAGCGGCUGGCGCGGUGCGCCAAGGGGUUCGGGCGCAACACCACCGGCGGGCUGGCCGGCAAGUUCUACGUGGUGACGGACGGCACCGACGACGACGUGGUGAACCCGCGGCCCGGCACGCUCCGUUGGGCCGUCAUCCAGAUCGAGCCGCUGUGGAUCACCUUCGCCAAGACGAUGAUCAUCACGCUCAAGGAGGAGCUCAUCAUCCGCGGCGACAAGACCAUCGACGGCCGCGGCGCGCAGGUGCGCAUCGCCAACGGCGCGCAGCUGACGGUGCAGUUCUCCAACAACGUCAUCAUCCACAACAUCCACAUCAACGACAUCAUGUCCUCCAACAAGAACGGCGGCAACAUCAGGGACUCGCCGGACCACUUCGGCUGGCGCACCGUCUCCGACGGCGACGGCAUCACCGUCUUCGGGUCCACCAACGUGUGGCUGGACCACCUCUCCCUGUCCAACUGCCAGGACGGGCUCAUCGACGUCAUCGCCAAGUCCACGGGCGUCACCAUCUCCAACUGCCACAUGACCAACCACAACGACGUCAUGCUCUUCAGCUCCAGCGACAAGCAUCCCGAGGACCAGAUCAUGCAGAUCACCGUCGCCUUCAAUCACUUCGGCAGAGGCCUCGUGCAGAGAAUGCCAAGGUGCCGUUGGGGAUUCUUCCACGUGGUGAACAACGACUACACGCACUGGCUCAUGUACGCCAUCGGCGGCAGCAAGGCCCCGACCAUCAUCAGCCAGGGCAACCGCUACAUCGCGCCGCCGAACCUUGCGGCGAAGCUGGUCACCAAGCACCAUGACGCGCCGGAGUCGGAGUGGAAGAACUGGGUGUGGCACUCGGAGAACGACCUCUUCAUGGAGGGCGCCAACUUCACCGUCAGCGGCGGGCAGAUCAACAGGCAGUUCCACAAGAAGGACCUCAUCAAGCCCAAGCCCGGGUCCUACGUCACCAGGCUCACGCGAUACGCCGGCUCCCUCGCCUGCAGGCCCGGCAAGCCCUGCUAG